AUGGUUGGACAAAGCAAAGAUGAACCUGAAGACUUGGUGGAAUUUAGCGUGCAUGGAAAACUAUUAUCUUACACAAGAAAGUCUUUGAAUUUAUUUGAUGCAGAGAACAAAAUUAGAUUAUGGGCUAUAUGGAUGAUUGAGUGGAUGUAUAUAUAAGUUAAUUUGAUAUUUAGCUGGUUUGAUAGAUUCAUCAUAACGGUCAUUUUAUUAAACUCAAUUUUAUUGGCCACAUAAGACUACAGUUGGAGGGAGACGAAUUCAGAAGCACCAAGUAGCUGGACUGACAGUUUCGAAUAUAUAUUUACUGCAAUCUUCAUUAUAGAGUUCCUUUUGAAAAUGAUAGCAAUGGGAUUUAUGCUAGAUAAGCAAACAUACUUAAGAGACGGUUGGAAUUUUAUCGAUUUUAUUGUUGUAAUAACAGGAAUCAUCUCACUUUUCAUUUCUGCUAGAGUGUCAGCAAUUCGAAUUGUAAGAAUAAUGAGGCCACUUAGAUCUAUAAACUCAUUGAAAGAGAUGAAAGUCCUAAUCAUUACUUUAUUAGAUUCCUUGCCUGCUUUGGGUAAUGUGGUUAUAUUUUUACUAUUUAUCAUAAUCCUCUUUGGGAUAUUGGGAUUAUAAAUAUUUAUGGGAGCUUUGGAAAAUAGAUGCAGAGAAACUGAAUAUCCAGAUGGGAAUAUUUGGAAAGCUUCGAAUUAUACAAAAUUAUGUUAGGAUUCUUCAAAUUGUCCUGCAGGAACAUAUUGUGGGAAUCCAAAUACUUAUAAUCUGCCUUAAUAAGAAUCAGAUGACGAGAACUUUAAUUACGGCUAUACGAAUUUCAAUAAUAUUAUUUCAGCUACAUUUACCAUAUUUUAAGCUUUAACAACAGAGGGUUGGACAGUGUUGAUUUUUAUUUAUUAGGAGGCCUUGUCUACAGCUAUAGUGUACAUAUAUUUCUUGUUACUCAUUUUCUUGGGAUCCUUCUUUGUUGUAAACUUAAUAUUAGCUGUUAUUAACGAUAGUUUUAUAGCUACUUAAAUGAGAGCCAGUCUGAAAAAUUCUCAGACUUCUGCUUCAUCUAUUCAUUAGGAAGAGCAAGAUGAAGAGAUAGAAUAAAAUGAAGACGCAGAACAUCAAGUUGCUUUGACAGGCAAUUUGAAUAAUGGAGAUUAGACAUAAAACAAUUAAUUCAACCCUGAAUAAUAAAUAAGGGAACCUAUUGCAUAGAAUAUUAAUGAAACUAAUGCCUUCAAAAAUUAAGAAAAUCAAAAUACUGGUGAAUAAUAAUAAUAAAUUUCUAAGAGCAAUACUAUUGAAUAAAUUCAAUAGGUUCACAGAUCUUCAUCAAAAUAAAGAUGUCUUAAGAUAUAACCAACAAAGUUUAAGUAAUUCCAGUAGUUUUUAAUAGUUAUUAUAGAAACAAAGUACUUUUUGGCGUUUAUAACUUCCAUUAUCAUUUUAAAUACAAUAACUUUGUCUUUAGACAGAUAUCCUAUUUCCAAAACUGAAAGCGAGAUCUUAGAUGUAGCUAAUUAGAUAUUCACUGUAAUAUUCACAAUAGAAAUGACUUUGAAACUAAUUGCAUUCGAUACUAGUUACUUGAAGGAUUCAAUGAAUAUUUUUGAUGCCGUGAUCGUCAUUUUAUCCUUGAUAGAAUGGAUUCUUAGAAGUUUCUCAGCCAUCUAAGCUUUUAGAACACUAAGAUUAUUUAGAUUAUUUAAAUUAGCACGUACAUGGAGUAGUUUUAGAAAAUUGUUAUAGGCUAUUGCAGCUACAGUGGGUGGCAUUGCUUAUUUUAUUAUUCUAUUAUUGUUAUUUAUGUCUGUUGCAGCACUUUUAGGUAUGGAAUUAUUUGCUUACAAAACACCAUAUAGAUAUAACUUUAAUAACUAUUUGUCUUCAAUGUUGGUUGUUUUCAUGCUUCUGACUAAUGAAGCUUGGAAUACAAUAGCCUAUACAUUUAUGUAUGAUUUGGGAUCUGUGUAUCCAGUUAUUUACUUUGUGAUAGUAAUAAUAUUUGGAAAUUUCAUACUGUUAAAGUUGUUCAUAGCUAUUUUGAUAAAUAAUUUUCAUGAAGCCAAUAUCGAUUAAAGCUAGUCUAUUGAAGACAAUCGGAAUCUUCUAUCAAGUAGACAUGAUUAGUCGAUGAAUGAUAAUCAAUAGACUAUUAAAAUGAAUCAGGUGUCACCAGAAUAGAUUUAGCAAUCCUUUUAAGUUAUCAAAUCUGCAUCAAAUUAAUAAACAAAUAAUAAUUCUGCUACUCGAUUUAAGAAUUUAUCAUAAUAAUUCAUGGCAUCUACAAUCAUUUUGAAUAGUACAAUUAAUUAAUCUUUGCUUGAAGGAGUAUCUCUAUAUAUAUUUCCACCUUAAAGCAAAAUCAGACUAUAGAUUAACAAAUUAAUAAAUUAAAAGUAUUUUGAGUUCUUUAUUCUAACAAUUAUCAUUAUCUCAAGUAUUUUGCUAGCUUUAGAUGAUCCACUCUCAUCAGCGAAUAAUGUAACUCUGAACGUGAUUGAUGAAAUAAUUACAGCCUUAUUUAUUUGUGAAGCUUUAUUAAAAAUAAUUAGUAAGGGUUUUAUAAUUAAUGGGCCCGAUAGUUACAUCAGAUCUCCAGGCAAUAUAUUAGAUCUCGUUGUUAUUAUUUUUUCAUCUUUAGCCUUUGAUUAAAGUCAAGCAUAAACAUUUUCAAAGAUUAAAAUAUUAAGAGUCAUUAGAGUAUUAAGGCCACUUAGAUUGAUAGUCAGAAAUGAGGAUUUAAAAAUGUCAAUAAAUGCUUUGUUCAAUAGUUUAUCCCAAAUGAUGAACAUUGCUUUGGUUUGCCUAAUAUUCUUCUUAUUAUUCGGAAUAUUUGGAGUAACCUAAUUUAAAGGAGCAUAUUACUACUGUGAUAUAUCUGAAGUCAAUGAUAAAUUAGAAUGUUUUGACUAAGGGGGAUCAUGGCAAAAUAAGAAUUUCAAUUUUGAUAAUGUAUUGAAUGCUAUGAUUACUUUAUUUGUCAUAUCGACAACUGAAGGAUGGAUUAAUUUAAUGUCUGAUGGAAUUGAUAGUAGAGGCAUUAAUCUUAAUCCAAAAGAAAACAAUGCAUAUGGAUGGGCAUUAUAUUUUGUAUUUUUUAUAAUUGUUGGUUCAUUUUUCAUAAUUAACUUAUUCGCAGGAGUUAUAGUUGAAGCUUUUUAGAGUGAGAAAGAACGGUUAAGUUAGAUGAAAGAUUUGACUAAGUAGGAAUUAGAAUGGUAUGAAAUUUAACAAAAGAUUUAUUCAAGUGUGCCAAUAGAGAAAUUCAAAAUCUCAAAACACAAAAUGAUAAGAUGGCUCAAUGAAAUCAUAUCAUCAAAUCCCUUUGAGAUAUUUAUUUUGAGUGUAAUCAUUCUCAAUACUUGUGUUAUGAUGAUUUAAUAUUUAAGAUCUCCUUAAGAAUUAACAGAUGCUAUUUAAAGCUUGAAUUGGAUAUUUUUGGCCAUCUUCUCUAUAGAGGCAAUUUUAAAAUUAAUAGUAUAUAGAAAAUUUUACUUCAGUUCAGGGUGGAAUGUUUUCGAUUUCACAGUUGUGCUUUUAACAAUUCUCGGUGUAAUCUUAGAGUAAAGUAAUGUCCUAAGCAAUGUUGGUACAGCCACAUCUAUUCUUAGAACUUUCAGAAUAUUUAGAGUGUUGAGACUCAUUAAGAGUGCUAAAAACUUAAGAAUUAUAUUUGGAACAUUUCUAAUAACUCUACCUGGAUUGGUGAGUGUUGGUGGUUUAUUAGGGAUAAUGUUGUUUAUUUUUGCUAUUAUUUUUAUGAAUUUAUUUCCAUAUGUGAAAAGAGGUGAGGGAGUUACAGAAAAUUCAAAUUUCAGUUCAUUUGGAGUAAGCCUAUUUACAUUGUUUAAAUGUUCAACUGGAGAAGAUUGGAAUUUAGUAAUGAUGGAUACUGCUAGGACUGCAUAACCAAAUGAUAUUUGCUUUGAUUUUAAUGAUUAUGCUAAUUAUGCUGAAUAUGGCUUUAUGGGUUGUGGAAACGUAGGUGGUAUAUUAUUAAUGAUUAUCUUCAUGAUCAUAGUUUCAUUGAUUAUGUUGAAUCUAUUCGUUGCUAUCAUCAUUGAAGGAUUCUAAAAUACUAGCAAAGAAGAAAAUGCUCCUGUUAAGAAGUUAGAUGUUGAGAACUUCCAACAGUUAUGGAAAGAUUACGAUAAAAAUGCUACUGGGUUUAUACAGUGCAAAUAUUUCACCUAAUUUAUGAUGGCAUUACCUUAACCAUUGGGAUGGUCGAAAUUGAAAUAUUCAGCAGCCCAACAACGAUUGCAUAUGGCUCAAUUGAAUUUACCUGUAUAUAAUCUGAAUGGCAAGAAUAUGUAUUUUUAUUAUCAAGCUCUCAUUUGUGCGGCUCAAGACUUUUUGGAAUCAAGUGGGUUUAUAUCCAACUUUGAAAUCUCUAAGGAUAUUGUUAAAUUAAAACUGUAGCCAUUAAUGGAAAAAGCAUUUUCGAAGGUUUCAAAUUUAGAAACAGAAUUUGACAGUGGUUAAUAUAUGGCUGCUGUUCUAAUUUAAUAGAAUACAAGAAGGAAAUUUUAAAGAUUAAAGAAAUCUAAAAGUUCAGCUGUCAUAGCUUAGUAUACUAAUGAUGACGAAGUCUAAUAAUUUGUUGCUUGA